CCUUUCAUUUUCAUUCCAACCAAAACCAACCUCAGCUCUCAAAUUUUAAUUCUAAUAUUGUCAUUUGUUUUACAAUGUUGAAUAUAUCUCCAAGGAAAUUAAGGUCGGAUCUUUACUCCUACCAAGAUGAACCGGAUAUGCCCUUAGUGGUAUCAGUCUUAGCGGCCUUGAUAGAGAGACACAUGGCGAGGAACGAGAGGAUAAGUCGUAGUUCUAGAAGGGUAAUAUUGUCAAAAGACGCAAAAACCCGAGUAUUUGAUGCCCACGAAGCUCCGGAUAUGACAAUUGAAUCCUUCUUGGAACGGAUAUUCCGUUACACAAAGGCCGGACCCUCCGUUUAUGUGGUUGCCUAUGUUUACAUUGAUAGAUUAUGCCAAAAUUAUCCCGGUUUCAAGAUUAGUCCUAGCAAUGUACAUAGACUCCUCAUUACUACCAUCAUGGUCGCAUCCAAAUACGUCGAGGACAUGAAUUACAGAAAUUCAUAUUUUGCAAGAGUAGGAGGAUUGACAACAAAGGAAAUGAACAAAUUAGAGGUUGAUUUUUUAUUCAUGAUGGGAUUUAAAUUACAUGUAAAUGUGAGUGUUUUUGAGGGGUAUUGUUGUCAUUUAGAGAGAGAAGUUAGCAUUGGAGGAGGAUACCACAUUGAGAGGGCAUUGCGAUGUGCUGAAGAAAUCAAGUUGAGCCAAUGUGUUGAUAAAAGAUUUGGUCAAAUCGCUCGUAUUACUUUAUAACCCUAAAAAUUUUAAUUAUUUUUUGGGGAAUAUAAUGUAUAGUUUUUGUAUAUUUUGUGUAAGUUUAAUGAAUAUAGUACUAGUGUUUUCUGUAUUUGCUCGAAGAAUUAGAGGUUAAGAUCACUUGGAGUUGGAGUGAUACACAUGGAGUACAUUGGAACAGGGCUCAAUUAUGAUGCCCCUUUUCAUUUACGGUUAGAUGAUGUUGAAAUGACCCUUCACGAGUCAACUCAACUUGGGUUUUUUAGUGAGAUCUUUCUAAUAGGUACAAGUAACAGAAAAUUUCUACCAUGACAACCUUUAUGGUUGGUUAAUUAAAUAUAAUUUUGUACGGAGUUCUUUUUUUUGAUCAUUACAUAAUUAGUGAGAUUUGAAAAUA